CAUGACCGGACCCAAUUUGUACCUCAAACUAUUUUUGGACGAUAUCUGUAUGAGGUAGCGAUGAACGACGAUUUACCCACAUAAAAAGAAUAGAUCGCACCAAAUCAAAGUCUGUGCUUAUUCGCCGGUACGAUUUCAUAUCUCCAUCUAAAGUUCAAAAGGUCAUUCAGCGAACGUUGCUGUGAUAUUAGGAGUUGCGUUUCCAGUGUUUCCCGCUGUUGAAUAAUCAUAUUUUUAGCAUAUGAUCAAGGGACCAUAUGAUCAAGGCAGAUCGGUUGAUAAGAAGUUGUCACGUUGAAUCCUGACGGCAGUAACACUCAGACAACAUCAAAAUGCCGGGACCAAGGGCUCUGCUUGAUGAGGAUAUGGUGGCCCGUUUCAGAGCGGAAUUCUUUGAGCAGUACACUGACGGUGGGCACAAUGAGGCGUACGAUCCCCGAGACGUUGAGGUACUGCGGACCAGCGACAAGUAUGUCCACAAAUUCCUGAUGAUUGCCAAGAUGGACUUCAAGCUGACAGGGGAGAAGAUCAACACGGUUUUCAAGUGGAGGAAGCAGUUUGGAUUGAACGAUAUGACCUUUGAUAGUUUUGAUGAGGAGGUGCUAACCUCUGGUGGGUUUUAUUCCCACAACAGGUGCAAGAUUGGCAGAAGAAUAGUGUGGUUCAAAAUUUGCAAGUACAAGAAGGACCCGUCCAGGACCAACAUAGUGAAGCAGUUCAUGGCCUUCUGGUUGAACAAGAUGGAGAGUGAGGCGAUGGGAGAAGACGUGGUCAUCCUCAUGGACAUGACCAACGCUGGCUUGAGCAACCUGGACAUGGAUGUGGUUAAAUUCAUGAUCACUUGCUUUGAGUUGUACUUCCCUGCGCUUGUUGGAAUUAUGCUGGUACACGAUAUGCAUUGGGUUUUAAAUGCUAUUUGGAAGAUCAUAGAGAAACUGCUAUCCGCAGAGUCGAGGGAACACAUCAAGUUUGUGAGAGGGCCAGGUAUCCUGGAGCUCAUUGCACCAGAUCAGCUUCCACCGUAUAUGGGGGGCACGGACGAAUGGGAGUGGACAUGGCCACUACCGGAGGAAGAAAAAGACGUCCUGUUGGAAAUUGAAGACAGUGACGACCACCAACAACCCCCACAGGACGACAGCAUGUUCUCCAUCCCCAACGGUGACGUGUCACGGAUGGAGGACGGGACCCCCGAACCUUCACCCCUCAACUCGCCCAGAGCCAAGAGGGUGCACUUUGCCCCGGGGACUGGGGGGCAACAACUGGGCGUCGCGGAUGAGGGGGACGGGCUCACCAGUGAGAAGAAGCGAAUGCCAAGAAGAACGCCCAAGAAGCAGAAACUUAAUAUACACAAAGGAGCUCUCCUAACGAUCAAGCCUGGCGAUCAACUUGUAUUUGAAGAGCCCUCACAGCCUACCGACAAUGAACCCUCCCUAGUAAUGAGUCUGACCAAUACCACCGACCGUAAAGUAGCAUACAAGAUAAAAACCACAACUCCCGACAGGUACAAAGUCCGUCCUAGCGCAGGCCCAGUCAACCCCGGUGCGUCCAUCAACGUGACCAUCACGCUGCUCUCCGGAGACAAGGACUCCGUCUCCAGAGAUAAAUUCCUGGUGAUAUCCACGGAGCUGACGGAGGUCUUGCGAACGCCGGGCGAACUGACCGAGUUCUGGAAGAAGGUGGAACAGGAUGAUAUCAUCGAACACAGGGUUCGAUGUGUGUUCCAGGCUUCAAAGAAACCAGAGAUGGACAUAGCUGAGCUCAAGAGAGACAUGUCAACGUUAAAGAGCAAGGUUGACAGCUUGACGCAGCAAGUCGCCACGAUCACAGACAACACAACCAAACUGCUACGACUGGUGCUAAUCCAACUUGUGCUCCUACUGUGCCUUGCCAUGUAUUACUUUCUCUUCAGCCCUAGCGGCAGUGUUGAGCAGCCGGCGAUGUCCGGCGCUGAGGACCAAGGAGAUUACUGCCCAGCGGUGAGAGACUGAGAUUGUUGCCUACUUACUGGAAUUUUUCUUCUGUAAUUGGACAUUUGCUAGAACAGCAGUGGAUCAAAUUUCUGCAUUGAUUUGGGUGAAUCUACGAAAGUUUUGAAUAGAUGAAAUAAUUUGAGGCUGAACUAACUGGGCCCAAUUUCAUAGCACUGGUUAACAGUUGGAAUAAAAGUUGUGCUUACUAUGGCAGAAAAUCAUGAUGUUGCUUAAGCACUAUUUCAUGGCGUGGAUGUGCUAACGGUUGAGCGCGCACGCAGAUUUCUGA